CAGAAGUUGCCCGCGCUUUGGGCACCGACGGUAUCGGCCGCCGUCGCUGCUCCGCGCCGGGUCGAGGCUGAGGCCUGGACCGCGCCGUUGGGCCUCGAUUCCUCCCUCCUUAGUUCCCGCAGGCGCGCCGAGAGGCUCGGUCCAGGUCGGCAUGGCCGACGGCAGCCGCCGUCAUGUCAGUGUCAGGCGGCUCCGCGCCCCCCGUGCCCUCAGGCUGCCACUGAGCCCUCGGGCCGCCUCCUGAGCGCGGCCUCUUGGCCCUCCUCUCUCGGGACGCCGCUGCCGCGACUGCGGACCCGAGGCGAGGCCGCGGGCGGACGCUGAGUACCACCAGCUUCAUGGCCGCCGUGGCCCCUUCCUCUCCGCCCCGCGCCCCAUCCCCGCCGGCCCCGGAGCCUGAGCUGGUGCAGCUGCGGCGCAAGGUGGAGAGGCUGGAGCAAGAGCUGCGUAGCUGCCGGCGCCAAGUGCGCGACAUUGAGAAGGUGCUGCAGCACACGGAGCGCCUGUACCAGGGCGCCGAGAGGUGCAACCAGGAGCUCCGCUCCCAGGUAGAAGAGCUCAGUAAUGAAAUCCAUUAUAGGAAAAAAAAAGAAAAUAACAAGUCUGAUGUAGAAGUCCAAACAGACGACUAUACUCCUUGGUCAACCUCAGAUUAUUAUUACCAGACGUACUAUCGGAAUGUCAGUUCUCCAAGUAAGGGGGCUGAACUUCCACUUGAACAAGCUCAGGAGCAUGAAGAGCCCAAUCAUAAUUCUACAGACCCAAUACAUAGAGAGAAUGAGGGUCAGAUUGGCACUGAUACAACAGAAAAUGCUAAAUAUGAACAAGAGGACAAUUUUACCCCUAAUUCACAGGAAUCAGAAGAUGUAUUAGCUGCAGAAAAUGCCGAGUUAGAUGGUUCGUCAUUAGCUGAAAGUUUGAGAGCUGCUGCAGAAGCUGCUGUAUCACAAACUGGAUUUAGUUAUGAUGAAAGUACUGGAUUAUAUUAUGAUCACAGCACUGGAUUCUACUAUGAUUCAGAAAAUCAACUAUAUUAUGAUCCUUCUACUGGAAUUUAUUACUACUGUGAUGUGGAAAGUGGUAGAUAUCAGUUUUAUUCUCGUGUAGAUUUGCAGCCCUACCAAACUCCCAUCACACAACAAAAUAAAGAUAAAAAGGGGAAAAAGAAAAGGAAGGAUCCAGAUUGCUUUACUGCCAAUGAAGAAAAGGAUUUGGAUCUAGAAGAACACAAAACAUCAAAUAGUUCAAAUUGCCUUAACACUGAACACAUAAGCUCUGUUGAAAGAGAAGAUUCCACAAACGUGAAAAAGAAAGCCAAAGUAGAUAAUCAUAGUAAAAAUAGUCCACUGAAAUUUGCUGACACAGAUGGCAAAGAUAACAUCGACUCACAUCUUAAUGUAAAUGUCUAUGAUUUGGCUUUAUUUAAAGAAGACAAAAUAAUAGAGACUGACAGUGAGCCAGAAGAAGGUGAAAUUACAGACUCUCAGACUGAGGACAGCAGUGAUGUUACUAGUGAAGACAAUAUUACUUCAGCAGACUCUGAGGAUGAAGAGGAAGAAAAAAUUUGGCCUCCGUGUAUUAGAGUCAUUGUUAUUAGAUCACCAGUACUGCAGACAGGCGCACUUUUUAUUAUCACAGCUGUAAAUCCAGCUACAAUUGGAAGAGAAAAAGACAUGGAGCAUACACUCCGAAUUCCUGAAGUUGGUGUCAGUAAGUUUCAUGCAGAAAUUUACUUUGACCAUGAGUUACAAAGUUAUGUUCUUGUGGAUCAAGGCAGUCAAAAUGGUACAAUUGUUAAUGGAAAACAGAUUCUUCAACCCAAAACAAAAUGUGAACCUUAUGUACUAGAACAUGGUGAUGAAGUGAAAAUUGGAGAAACAGUGCUGUCCUUUCACAUUCAUCCAGGUAGUGAUACUUGUGAUGGUUGUGAACCUGGGCAAGUUAGAGCCCACCUUCGCCUUGAUAAGAAAGAUGAAUCUUCUGUAGGCCCAGCAUUAAGUAAAGAAGAAAAAGAGUUGGUAAGAAGAAAAGCAUUAAAGAAAAUAAGAGUAAAAUAUGGCUUAAUGAAUACAGACUAUGAAGAUGAAAAGGCACUGAAGAAUCCAAAAUAUAAAGACAGAGCUGGAAAACGUAGAGAGCAGGUUGGAAGUGAAGGAACAUUUCAGAGAGAUGAUGCCCCUGCUUCUGUCCACUCUGAAAUCAAUGACAACAACAAAGGUCGGAAGAUGUUGGAGAAGAUGGGUUGGAAAAAAGGAGAAGGUCUAGGAAAGGAUGGUGGAGGAAUGAAAACUCCAAUCCAGCUUCAGCUGAGACAGACACAUGCAGGCUUGGGGACAGGCAAACCAUCUUCACUUGAAGAUGUUCAGCUCUUCCAAAGUAAAAACAAAAAGAAUUGGGACAAAGCAAGAGAAAGAUUUGCUGGAAACUUCCCAGAAGUUAAACUACAAAAAGAUGCACCAGGAGUCAUGCCUUGGGUAAAAGAGACUGCAGAGUGAUGGUCAAUCAUAGAACAAAGAAAUUCAGAGUUUUUAAAUGUUUAGAUUUUGUGUUUUUUUUUGUGUGGGAUUUUUAUUUUUCAAAUAUGUAUGUGUGAGGGAAUGAAAUAACAGUUUACCCUCUCAGGAUUCAGAGACAUGUAAUAAAAUUUGGUUAGCUAUG